CACAUUUGAUCCAUUGACAUACGAUAGAAAGCAUUUGUGGAGCGAGUUUGUUUUUAGGGGCUCCCACAAAAYACCAUAUUUUAGAGCCGAUCAUGGCAGUCAAUAUACGAAACGUAUUCUCUUCGGCGAGGCCUUGAUAUAAUGACGAUGGGUUGUGGCAGUAGCAAGAAAAUAGUGAACGAGUCACCUUCAGAUUGUAAAGUAAGGACAACUUUACUGCCCGAAGGUAAUGCAUCACGUGAAUCUUACUCAAGUGGAAACAAGAGAAAUGAAAAACGCAAAAUCCCAGAAAGAACCGGACAAAUUUGGACUAGAUUUCAUACUAGAGUUACAGGAAAAUACGACAUCAAGGGAAUGAUCGGUGAAGGAUCCUUCAGCAAGGUGGUUCGCGUUCAAGAUAGAGCAACCAAACAACCCUACGCGAUUAAAAUGAUAGAGAUAGAAGAAGGCAAAGAUGUCUUUGAAUCUGAAUUAGCCGUGCUCAGAAGAGUGCAACAUCCCUACGUUGUGAGGCUAUAUGAGGUUCUCGAGUGUAAGAACAAGGUGUAUUUGGUCAUGGAACUCGCUACAGGCGGCGAACUGCUCGAACGUAUCGUAAGCAGAGGGUAUUUUACGGAGAGAGAUGCAACACAUGUCCUGUACAUGGUAUUAGAAGGAGUUCGAUACCUUCAUUCCCUAGGGAUAACACAUAGGGACUUAAAGCCCGAAAAUCUACUCUACUACCACCCUGGCAAUGAUUCAAAGAUUAUGAUAACUGAUUUUGGUUUGUCCAACUUAAAGAAAGGCCCAGACGAUAGUGUCAUGGAGACCACUUGUGGUACACCUGAAUAUAUUGCUCCUGAAAUCCUCUUGAGAAGGCCGUACACAAACUCCGUAGACAUGUGGUCCAUUGGAGUAAUUUCCUACAUACUACUCAGUGGAGGAAUGCCCUUUGCGGAUGAUAACAGGACGCGAUUGUACAGAGCUAUUCUCACGGCAGAGUAUAACUAUUCAGACGAGCCAUGGAAUGAUGUCUCCGAUCUAGCAAAAUCAUUCAUUGAUAAGCUGCUGGUCCUUGAUCCAGAUAAAAGGAUGACWGCUGAUGAAGGUUUGAAGCAUCCUUGGAUUGCUUCAUUUGCAGCUUCAUCUAGUUUUAAGAAUUUGCAUGGUUCCAUCAGCUCAAAUUGGCUAAAGUCCUCAUCAAGACUCAAUAGUGCUAAGUCAAACCGUUCAAAGCGAUCUAACAGAUCUUCAAAAUCUGGAAAAUCUGUGCAUUCAAAACAUAGAUCAUCUGUUCCGUCGCACCUUUCAAAAGUGUCUGAUCGGCAAGAGAAACGUACCUCCACCCCAACAGAUUUAGCUUGUGCCUUACCAGACUCAAGCAAACUUAGAACCAGCCAUCUCAAAUUGACACGACCACUCAUUGAAAAGCUACAGUCUGCUGUUAGAGAAGAGAGAGUGGAUUCUCCAGCUUCAAUUGAAAGCAAUGCCAGUCAGACAAGUACAAGAAUUGAUAAUCAUGCCUUGCUUCAAAUUACUGGAACACUAAGGUCUAGACAGUGUGACAUGAAACACCUUUAUCCAAUACCUCCAUCAUCACCUACAAGUAUGCAAGUCAAUAAAGUCUUACUGCAAACUAAUGAAACUAAUAGGUCUAGAGAACACAGCAUGGAACACUUACAAGUACAACCAAUACCUCCAUCAUCACCUACAAGCAUGCAAGUUGAUAAUGACUUGCUACAAAUUGAUGACACUGAUAGGUCUAGAGAAGGCGGCAUGGAACACCUACAUCCAAUACCUCCAACAUCACCUAUCAGGUUUUGUGGCAUUAUACAAGAAAAUGAUGCUGAUGCUGAUAAUCAAGCCAAUGUGUGUCCAUCUUUUCCAGUUUUAGAACAGCCACCUUCUCAYUUCCAUGACAAUAUUACCCAAAGAACAGUUCAGUAUCCACCUGGUUUACAUCUUCCUAGGUUAAGUAAAKUAACUGAAAUGGACGGUCAAGCUAAUCCAUUUGCUCACUCAAGUCUAUCAAAACCCAUGAUUGACCCUUCAGGAGAAACAAGUCAGAUAGACAGAUUUUUUAAUGAAGGUCCUCUGCUUCCGAAGCCUUUUGCUACUGAUAUAGAUUUAUACUCAGAUGAUGGAACAAUCAGCUAUAACUCAUCUAUACUUUCCACAAGUCCAACAGGUCGACCCAUGAGAUUCARGCAAAGGAAGUCUCCAAAUGUUAAAAGAAACAAGGUCUCCAGCAGUUUCUAAUGAUAGGUGAGGAAGUAGAUUUAGUUCAAGUUCCAUGAAACACCAUUUGAUCUCUUAGGUCAUUUGCUUAUAUUUAAAUAUAUUAAUAACAGUGGGUAGGGAUGCUCUGUGACAAAAUUAGCAAUCUUGUACACUAUUAGUUGGUGUAGAGGGCUUUCAAAAUCUAGGGAAUGCAAAGUUAUUACCAUUUACCCUGCAUAGAAAAAGACAGUACAAAAUUUAAAAUUCCCUCAUAAUUUUGUUUGAAAGGCCAAUCUGAUUAAAAUAAAACAAUUAUCCUGUAAGUUACAGUAUUGGAUUCUACACCCAACCAGACAAGAAUCAGUCAUUUCUAGAACCUAAUGAGCAUCCCUGUCCUUUUUUACUAAAAGUCUCAUCACRGAUACUAAUAUCCUCUUAUGUUUUACUUGUUAAUGUCCAUGUAUUCUCAAAUUUGUAUAUAUAAAAUUACAUUCUUAUAUUAUAUAUAUCACAUAUUUACUCAAAACAUAGUUAUAGUUCUAUUUUAUAACCAUUUAUUAAAUCCCCCCUUUUUAUUAAUGCAUUUUGGGUACUCCAAGUGGCAAACAUUAUAUCUAUAUAGAUUUUUUUUCKCAUUCGUGGAAUUUCAAACRAACCUGAUUUAAAUAAAUAUUAUGUUGAUGUUAAAUUUUAAAUGUCUCAAAAGAGAGGCAURCUUAUUCAUUGGAAAUAAUGAUAAUGAUAAUUCAUAAAUAUGUAWUAUAAUGAAAGUUAUUAAAAUAUUAUAACCAGA